CCGCUUUCAGAAGAUAUUGUGAGACAACAUCGGUUUCUUCAGGCUGCGAUGUCGACCUGGCUCGAGACAUAUACGGCCAGCCUUGAGACCUUACAGAGAACAACUCGCUCCCCCUUGUCGCUCGGCAUACCACUGCUCCGCAUUUUCCAUACCAUGGUGUCUAUCCAAGUCGCAACCAUGCUUUCAACGUCAGAGACAUGCUUCGAUGAGUUUACCUCUGCGUUCACGUCGAUCCUCGCACAAGCGGUCGAGAUCUAUCGCAAGGCUAGCGAAAUCCACCACCGUUCGUUCUCCAACGAUGGUCGGAUCACGGGUUUCAGCUUCACUAUAGACAUAGGUACGAUCCCGCCACUGUCUUACGUGGCGUUGAAAUGCAGGGUGCCGUGGCUUAGAAGACAGGCCAUUGCAUUGCUCCUGGCCGCACCCCACAGGGAAGGCAUCUGGGACGGUGUGGUGAUCGCACACAAUACUCAAAAAGUCAUAACGCUGGAAGAGAAUGGAUUCUUUGAUCAUCUUAAUUUGGAAUUUGAUUGCCGCCCGUUCGAUCCUCCUGUCGAGAAGCACCAACAGGACCUCGCUCAGGUACCUUGUCUCCCUGAGAGAUCUCGCUUUCGACAUGUAAAGGUCAUA